AUGGCAUCCAUGGGCAAUUACCCCUAUCGUUCGGCGUACUUCACGGGCAACCCCGACUUUCCCUACCCCGCCUGGCCAGCCCGCGUGGUCUGCUCCCAGCUGGCGGGCAGCUUCCAAGGCGACGAGGAGCUGCUGGCGGCGGGCGGCGCCGCCAUCUCCGUCAUUUUUAAUGUCACUCAGUCGGUGCCCUGCUAUGACUACGCCUUUGCGCAGUCCUCCACCAGCCUGGGGGCCCCCGGCUCCUACAGCUACCAGACCUGCACCCAGUUCCAGCUGAACUCCAUCUGGUUUGGGACCAACGGCGCGCCGCGCGACAUGUUCUGGCGCGCCGCCACCCCCUUCAACCGCUCCGCGCUGGACGCCUCGUGCGUGGCGGCGUUUGGCGGCGUGGUGCUGCCGCACAUCGGCGAGAUGCACCUGCGCUACGGCCUCUUCCCUGACCAGUUUGCGGCCGCCGCCACCAACGUGGUGUUUUCCAACGGGCUGCUGGACCCCUGGGGUUCUGCCGGCUACCUGGAAGGCCUGGCGCCCUCGCUGCCCGCGGUGGUGCUGCCGCAGGGCGCGCACCACGUGGACCUCAUGUUUGCAGACCCGGCAGACCCGCCGCAGUUUGCAGAGGCACGAGACGAAAUCAUGGGCCACGUGCGCACCUGGAUCGAUGACUGGGUGGAGCAGCAAGAGGAAACUGAGCAGGAGUGA